AUGGAUUUUAAUGAAGCUGUUGUGAGCGUGAAAAAAUUAAAGGAACGACCGAGUGAUGAGGAAUUGUUACAAUUAUAUGGACUGUAUAAACAAGCCACUGAAGGAGAUAAUAGCAGAAGCAAACCUUGGGUAGAUGUUAAAGGUCGAGCCAAAUGGGAUGCGUGGCAGCAACUGAAAGGUAUGUCAGAGGAAGAAGCUAAAGGACUGUAUGUGCAACUUGUUGAAAAACUUAUUCAGAAAUACGGAAUGUAA